CUGGGUUCGAGUCCAGGUCGGGCCUCUCUGGGUGAAAUUUGCAUGUUCUCCCUGUGUCUGCAUGGGCUUUCACCGGGUACUUGGUUUCCUCCAACCUCCAAAGACAUGCUCGUUAGGCUGAUUGGUGACUCUAAAUUGACCCUAGGUGUGAAUGUGAGUGCAAAUGGUUGUUUGUCUCUGUGUUAGCCCUGUGAUUGGCUGGUGACCUGUCCAGGGUGUACCCCACCUCUCGCCUGAUGCCAGCUGGGAUAGGCUCCAGCAACCCCCGCAACACUAGUGAGGAUUAAGCGGAAUUAAAGAUGAGAUGGUCUUUAUCCAGAAUAAACUGUCCAUUGAUAACAUAACUAAAAUCACACAUAACCAUAAUAGAUAUGUUGCCUGUUUUUUCAGCUAUUUUGGACCAUUUGCUUUGGGACAGAUUUGUGUACCACUUUCCAGGACAAACUAACAAACCAAUAGCGAUCAUAGUUCUCUCGUGUCUGGCACUAGUGGGCAGAUAACAUUAAGUCCACCAUGGGUCGUAUUAGGAAUUAUCAGAAGUAGGAGCCCUCAGGCAAUGAGGCUGAAUAUGGAUAGAACACACCAGAUCAUUUUUAAAGACUAUUUGUAGAAAGCAGUUCCACUGAUAAUGGUAUUCUGAGUGUGCUUAUUGUCCAAGGAACAAAGACACUGAAAGGAAAAAGUUGUUGAAUUUUCUAAAUCUGAAUUUACUUUUUAAACUUCAGAAGCCUUUAGUACUUUAAGUGAGAAGAACGGUAAAAUACUAAUGUGAACAUAAUUUUAUGUAUUGGUCAGAGAACGUUUUAAACAUUAAACUUACAUUUCAUUUAUCCAGACACAUACGUCAUGCUGUCAGAGUGACGAUACUGCAAAUAUAGUGCUAUAUUGCCAUGUUUAAACACUUGACACAAAAAAAAUGUCAAUAUUGUGUUAUUGAGUCCUCCUGAGCCCCCCCUAAAAUAUUUCUUUCACUCAAGCCUCUCUCAAAAGUAUAUAUAGAAAAUAAGCAAUAACUGAAAGAAUUACUUCAGCCCUCAAAAGGCUUCACCAAAGCUCUUUUAUGGGUGCUCAACUUUGCUGAUAAAGCCAACCGACUCCCUUCAAGUCAGUGACUCAAGACCCAGUUCCAGCUCUCUGUGCAGCCAUACGCAAUGCGGAUACUCUGCCUGGCAGCACACCAAACUCUGACCAUUCCAAUUAAAUUUAGCCAAGAGUUAAGCUGUUUUUGUGUGUGUGCAUAAUGAAUUUUUUUCUUCAUCGGGCUUUAAGAUGGAAAUGACAGAAUUUGUCCGUCAUUAUAUUGCAAACAAACAAGUCAAUUUCAUUAUGACUGAGUUUUUGCGGUCACAGCCACUUAAUGGUUUUAGAUCAUGCUAUUUUAUUGCAUGACUACCUAGCUGUGCCUCAGUGAAAAUGCAAAGUAGGCCGUUCUCUUUAUUUAUGCAUUUUGGCCAAUACAUUGGUGAAUUUUUCUGUUCUGUAUUUCUGUCAUGGUGAACCAUCUUGUGUGCGGGGCCAUAUCUGUGUGUGUGGCCAGUAAUGUACUGGUGUCCCAUGGGAACAUUCAUCUGGUUUUCUUUAAACUAAUUGGCAGUGAGGGAGGAGAUGUGUGGGAUAAGAAAAGAAGGCAGAGACAGAAUAAGACAGACUGUGUGAGAGGAGGGACAAAUGGGAGAGGCUUAAUUGAAUGAAACCCUCUCCUGGUAUCAGAUGCUGUAAACAUGGAGGAAAUUUAAACCCAGGUCCAUUCCUUAUUGAAUCCCUCCUGAGGACCUUCUAACCUCUCUGUUUUCUCUUUUAUUGUUCACAAUAAUGCUGAUGUCUCGUACUCCUCCUUCAAUUUAAACAGAACUGAACCCUUAGACUGAAAUCAAUCUUCACCUAAACUGAUUAGCAACAUUUAGAUAGAGCAGCAUGCAUGAGGAUGAUAUUUUCAGGGCACCCACACUCCCUGGACACUCGCCUUGUAUUCAGCACUAGCACACACAGCAUAAUCCUGAUGAAGCAUCCUGCUUUUUAAACUCUGUCUCUCUGUGAGCUUUAAAUCAACCUUAUGGGCCAUUUCAGAAAUUACUUCCAUUAAGAACUGCAUACAUACACGUUUCCUCCAUUUGCACACUAAAAAAGAGAUCACAUGCAACCAUAGCUUCUGUUGAUCCUGCUGUUUCAAUUGUAAAAUUCUAGAAAUGGCAGAGAAAACGCAUCUUAUUAUCAAACAGUAACGUCAAAUAUUAAUCAGAAUAACUUGACUCAUAUGAGCUUUUAACUCAAAUAUGUCAGUAAAGCAUACCAUUAGGUUUAAUAAGGAAUAACUGAGAUCGGUUAUGAUGUACAUUCACAAGCACAAGCUUAGCUUAGCUUAGAUUAAAGAUAGCAUUUCAUUGUCCAAGCCAAUCAACACAAAUUAACACAUUAUCUCAUUUUCGAAUGAAAUAUAUAAAGUAUUGAUUAGUAAGUUUUAGAAGCCAUUGCUGAAUAAUUUCUAAUAUUAGCUGUGCUUUUUCCAUUCUCAAGACUAUAGACAGGGCACUUUUAUUUUAUUUCUGUUGUUACCAUUGUGCUGACAUCUAAAUUUCUGACCUUCUGACUUUUUCAGUCACAUACAGGGUGACAAAAGAACAUUCACUUUCCAAGUCAGUCAAAGGUGCAUCUACUAAAUAUUAAUUUGAGGGGAGUGAAUACUUUUAGGAUGAUCUAAUUUACAUAAUACAUUAUAAUUCAUUGACAUUGGAUUUUGUAGAAAGCUGUUUUCACUCUUACAGUAAAUGGAGGGACAAAUACUUUGCAUAGGCAUUUUAAGUAAAAAAAGGUGCAGAGCUUUGAUAAAUAUUUUUUUAAUCCCUGAUUAACUUACAGGAGAUCAUUUUCACUUUUGCUAUGGUAAUACCUAAUACCUGAAGCUUAAGUAAUAAAGACAGGAGUGAAAUCUGCCUCUUGUCAGCGUUUAAGAUGAGAAGCACUUGCAUGAUUAGAUGUCUUGCGAUCGAUGCAUCCUCUUCUCCUAAUCAUUAAGACAGCUCUUAACAGAUUACAGCCCCCUCCCAAACACACACAGCCUUUUCUCCUCCUCUCCCUGCUCCUUCUGUCUCACAUACUCUCUCUUUUAGCAGAUGAAGACUUGCCUCUCCGGCACUUCUUUUGCUUUCCCUUGGAAUUUCCAGUUCACCUAUUCAGGUUCAGGUGGAGUUUAUUUGGAUUCACCCGUACUUCUUCGAUGACCUGAGUGAUGAAUGGAACGGCGAAAUGAAAAUGAAAAUAUAAGAUAUUGUGGUAGAAAAAAAAGAGUGCAGUUGACAAAGAUGCGCCUGCUGAAAAUCUUUUGUCACUUUCUGCUUUUAUGUUUUGAUCCAUCUACAGCCACAAGCCUCAUUACAGCAGAUGUAUUUGAAGCCAGAGGCCAACGUGUGUGUAAGGCAGGGAAUGGGAGGCCAUGUUAUAAACUGGCCUAUUUCUCUGAGCUCCGCCGAAGGCUCAACUUCAUGGAGGCAGAGCUGGCAUGCAGACGAGAUGGAGGCCAGCUGCUGAGUGUGGAGUCCACGUCUGAGCAGAAGAUCAUAGAGCAGCUCAUCACGGAGCUUCGCCCCACUGAUGGAGACUUCUGGAUAGGUCUCCGCCGUAACCAUGGAGAUGAGGACAGCAACUCCGACUGCUCAUCACAGUACUACUGGCUGGACGGCAGCAAGUCCACCUUUAGGAACUGGCACUGGGAUGAGCCAUCAUGUGGCUAUGAGGUUUGCGUGGUAAUGUAUCACCAGCCAUCCGCUCCUCCUGGUUUGGGCGGACUCUACAUGUUCCAGUGGAACGAUGACAAUUGCGAAACCAAGAACAACUUCAUCUGCAAAUACACUGCAGAGAAACAACUAGAACCUUUACCUUCUCCAAACUCCACUCAAGCAGAUUUGCUCCCUUCACCAGUGAUGCCUCUGAAUCCAAGUGACCACAAUUUGGACAGAAGAACAGCUAUGAACUUGGUUUACAUCAUCAUUCCCACUAUUCCCCUCAUACUGCUGCUGCUGACAGUGACAGGAGUCUGCUGCUUCAAAAUUCUUGUUAGACGAAGGAGAAAACCGCAGAAAUCAGAAGUAUGCCAGACAGACCCAGGACUCUGUCUUAGUCCAACUCCAACUGACGUUUACAACGUCAUUCGCUCCCAGAAGGAUGACGACUUGGUUUCAGCUCGCCCGCACACCAAAAACACCUCUUUUUUAUGCUCCUCCCCUGACACACCGACGGGUGACUACGACAACCUUGGGGGUCGGGACACAGAGAGCGGCUUUGUGACUCUCGCAAGCACAGAGAGUUGCUUCCUCAACUUUGAUCUCAACGACCUCAGCCUUGGUCGUCGUGGCACCCAUGACCUCUACAACACCAGCUUGGGCAGCUCAGGAAAGAUGGAGUUGAACGACAGCAGCCUCGGUCGCACUGGCCACAGAGAGUUUUACGACAGGAGUCUAGGUCGACGUACAACUAAGAGUGAGCAUUAUGGCAGCAGUGUAUAUAGCGACCAUGGGCUUUAUGACACCAAUAUCAGAGCAGGGAGUGACCUCUAUGAUACCAAACUGAGGCAUGGAGGUCUCACAGGAAAGGCUGACCUGUAUCAGACAUACAUCACCAAUGGCAAAGAGGAGACUUUUCAAACUAGCCUCGGGACCUGCGGAAACAGAAAAUCCUACCAGGCAAACUUGAAUUGCUACAGAAAUGGCCUGAAUCUUGACAGUGGAAGGAGAUACUUCAAUGAGCAAGAAUGGAUGAACAGAGAAAACUACUGAUCCUGUAAACAGCUCAAAAAAAAUGUGUAAUUUUUUACCUCACAAUUCAGUCGGUGGCCUUUUAGUGGACAUCUGUGGGGUUAUUAGUUUGCAGUGUCUGUCUCCAUUCUUGGACAUUGUCCUUUAUGGAUAGACAGAAUUACCUCAAAAGUUGAAAAUAAGACAACACUGCUCCCCAUAUAUUUAUUUCUUAAAAAGUAAGUCACCUGUGUGGACAAAUGCUUUGAAGUCUUAAUUUCUUAAUUAAGUCUUAAUGUCAUAAAUUCUUCACACCAUUUUUACAGUUCUACAAACAGUCCAGAGGAGCAACUUGAAAACAGAUAAAAUGGCUCAAGUGAUGUCACUUGAGUUAGUAGGGCUUUACGACUGCCAAACCGAGUAAAGAAAAUCAUAGCUGGAGAGGUAGUAAGUUUAGAAGUAACAUCUGUAGCCUACACGUCAUCUCUGCUUGUGAUUUGUGAAUCAAAGUUAUAUUACCUGCUAUGAGAAUUGCACACACGAAUAUACUGCGGUCGAGUUGCAUUAUGAGUAAUGGAGGCAACAUGAUUUGUCAAGAAUGCAUUGAAUACAAAGGGAUGAUAAUUCAAAACCUUUUGGCCCUUAAAACAAAGGCAUUACAGAGGCUUAGUGCUAAAAAUGUGACACACUCUUUAACACAAGUCCCCUCAAUAAUAAUAAUCACUCUUACUGUAUGCUUCAGUCCGUUAUCCAUUGCUCUAACUUUAUUUUAAAUUAUCACAAACAAAUAAAUACUUAGUGCAUAUGACCCUGUAAAAAGAGUCAUGUGCAUAUUAAAUACAGCAUGGACACCAUACACAUGAAAACAUUACCAUAAUUUAGAUCAUGUGACUGUUUGGGAGAGACUUCGUCUAUAACGGUGUGUGUUGCAGCCUGUUUGCAUGGCUUUGUUAUGCUGCCCUUGCUUGGUAGGGUAAUUAUGGAUGUCAUUGACACUUGUGUUUGCUGUGCCUGAAGAUGCCAUUUUAAUCAAACCCAUGUUUAUACAGUAGACAGGCUACUUCCUACAGACUAAAACACAAUAGACCAAUUCUGUUUGAGGGAGCAACGGCUGGAUAUUUUGUAUGUACUGUAAGUGUGUUUUGACAUUGCAUCAAAUUGUGUGAUGUCUAGAACAGCGCUCUGGCAUAUAGUGAUGAAAUCAAAGAAACAAACAAAAAAGAAAAAAAAGUUUUUUUUUUAGUUGGUAAAGUGGUAAAUUCAGCUUCAGUGCCUGUAGCCUGACCACAAAAUAUGGCAUGACAUUGAAGAGAAUGAUAAAAUAUAUCAUUACUAUGAUUUAUUCCGAAUGUAUAAUCCUUCAACAUCUCUCCUGUAAGUGAGAGUGGUUUGUAUGUUUGUUACUUAAUGAAAUAAAAUAAGACUUGAACCUGUCA